AGGUGAUCCUCAGGUCCUCCCUUCUCAGCAAGUGCCUUUUGCCCCUUUUUAUCUUUAAAGGCAUUUUAGUGGUUUUCUCUGGCAACAAGUACAUUUAAUUUUCUGGCUACUUAUUUUGUGUUUCUUAAAAACGGUUUAAUCCUCCCUAAUUGAAUUGGUACUUUGGUGGUCGCUUUGGUCUCUCUGUUGCUCUUCCCUGGGCAUUGCAGCCCUGCAGUGGAGGAGAUAAUGGUUUGACCAGUUCCUUGAAAGUCGAUUCAUGUGAGACCUCAUAGCUUUAUGUGUGCAACAACCAUAUUAUGACUAUGUAUGCACUUGGUAAAACCCAUUAAUAGCAAAUACUCCAAUACUCAGCUGGGGUAAGGUUGGUAAAAGGCCUUAAAGAUACUAGAGUCAUCAAAGUUGCUCACCACACAAGUAACUGGGCUUGGGUCUCUGCCUACAGCAGUUAUGUACUACUAGAAACACAACUUGGCAAAAGAAACCUUGUGGCUUUUGACUGGAUCACCUGUCCGGAGACUGAAGGAGCUCCAGCGUGGAGACGAGCAAGACAGCAGUACUGCCUGUGGAGCAGCAGGGCCACUCCUCUACAUGGCAGGGAUUGCCAGGUUCCCAGCGUGGGGGUUUCCAGCUGCAGUCCUUGUGAUUUUUGCUAGCAUUUACUUUUUACCAUCUCCCAUUGAUCCAGAACCGUUCAUUUUUGAAAAGCCACCUCCUGCCUUAGUUGGAUCACUGCAAGUGAAUAAAAAGCUUCAGAGUGGACGAAGAAUCUUCACGGGCCAACUGAAGGGUCCCGAGUCUUUUACUGUUGAUGAUGAAGGUAAUAUCUACACUGGUACCGUGGAUGGGAAACUAUGGAUGAUCAGUGGUGGCCAGCUGCAUUUCAUUACUCAAAUGGGGCAGGAUAUGCCUGAAUGUGGAACUCCAGACUAUGAACCAAUAUGUGGCCGGCCCCAUGGAGUCCGAAUGGAUCGGGAUGGUAACGUGAUUGUGGUGGAUUCAUACUUAGGCCUGUACAAAGUCAAUCCAAGGACAGGAGAGAAAACCCUCCUGCUGUCGAGUGAAAAAGGUGUGGAUGGGCUGCCUUUCAAAUUCCUAAAUGGCUUAGAAAUAUCAAAGAAAAAUUUGAUUUAUUUUACGGAUUCAAGUAGCAAGUGGGAAAGACGACAUCACAAAUACGAGGUAAUUGAAACAAACCAUCUUGGUCGCCUCUUGGCCUAUGACCCUGUAACAAGAACAGCAAGAACGGUGCUCAGUGGCUUGUACAUGGCAAAUGGGAUUGCACUGUCUCCCUACGAAGAUUACAUACUAAUAGCAGAAACCAGCAUAUGUAGAAUCAUACGCUAUUGGGUGAGCGGAGCUAAUGCAGGAAAAAGAGAAGUUUUUGUGGACAACCUGCCUGGAUAUCCAGACAACAUCAGAUUAUCAUACACAGGCUUAUACAGAGUUGGAAUAUCUACUACUCGCUUUCCUAGUUUCUUUUCUCCUUUUCUGGAUGCUUUAGGACCAUAUCCAUUCCUGAAGAGAUUUAUUGCAAAGGUGACUCCUUUAUCAUUCUACAGCAUUUUUCUUCACAAACAUGGCUUGUUCUUAGAAAUUAAUGACAAAGGAGACAUUGUGGCAAGCUUCCAUGACCCUGAUGGUAGUGUCACUUGGGCUGUCAGUGAUGUCUUUGAGCAUGAUGGGAAGCUGUAUCUAGGGUUGGAAUAGCCCAUUAAAAGUCUUCCAGCUGUGAUCCACAAGAGUUAGAGACAGACCUGCUGCAGUCACUGGAGAAACUGGUCAGU